AUGCAGAUAACAUCCUUAGCAGCAAUACUAGCUGUAGCAUCAUCAGACCCAGUUCCCUACUCCACCCAACCGACGGAGCACUUCGCCAACAACGCAGAAGCCUACCAAUCACAGCUCGAGCUGCAGCAGCAGGGCGUCUACGGCGACCAAUCACACUACAGCCAGCAGGAUUUCAGUCAAUCAGAUGCCGGAUAUUCCCAAGGACACUCGGUAGCGUUCCCCAGUGGGCAGGCAUCGUUCGCUGGACAAAGUACUUUUGCUGGACAGAAAGCUUUCGCCGAACAGAAUUUUCAGUCUCGAAGGCCUUCCACUGAAAAGUCAGCAAGGAUAAUUAGCUUCCAGAAUGAAAAUAAGGGGAAAAGCUAUCAGUACUCUUAUGAGACUGAGAAUGGAAUCAAAGUCCAAGAGCAAGGUUCCGUCCAAGGCAAAACCCUCCGCGCUCAAGGCGGCUACACCUACACCGGCGACGAUGGACAGGUCUACACGGUGACGUACACUGCUGACGAGAAUGGCUUCAGACCCCAGGGCGCCCAUCUGCCGACCCCCCCGCCUAUUCCUGAGGCUAUACAGAAGAGUAUCGAGCUGAACCAGAGGGAGGCGGCGAAUAAUAAUGGCGUUUAUGAUGAUGGAAGCUACAAAGAACAAACCGAGUUUCAACAGCAGCGUCACCAAUCACAACAGCAACACAGCCAGCGCAUCCAGCAGAUCAACGACCUUCAACCGCAGCAUUUCUCUGAGAUCCAGCCAGUCCAACAGAUCCCCAUACAGCACCAACAGAUCCCUGAGAUCCUGCCAGUCCAACAGAUCCCCAUCCAGCACCAACAGAUCCCUGAGAUCCAGCCAGUCCAACAGAUCCCCAUCCAGCACCAACAGAUGCCUGAGAUCCAGCCAGUCCAACAGCACCAACAGCUCCUUGAGAUCCAGCAACAGCUCCCAGAGAUCCAGCACGCGCCAGAGAUCCAGCAAGUCCAACCGCAGGUCCAAAACUCCCAGCAUGGCCAGGAGUUGUAUCAGCAGCAGUACCAGCAGGAGCAGGGGUGGGCUGGGCAGGAGGCCGCCACCACAGCUGGGUACAGUGGAUGGAAGUGA